AUGCCUCAGGACCAAGAUGCGCUCUACAAAGUCGGCCGCGGUGGGGCAGGCAACUACAUCUCGUCGAAACAGGCCGACGAGGCAUCCAAAGAUCUUGAAGCGCAGCAGCUAAAGGCCAUUGCCUCUUCCUUCUCUUCGCCGUCAGCGGCCCCGUCGCAGCCGCAGGGCCCCGCAAGGGCCGGCCGUGGAGGAGCCGGAAACUUCAUCGACCCGUCGUAUGCCGCGCAGAACCAGGGGCGGCUGGCGGACGAGACGGGCGCCGCCGUGGCCUCGAGCCUGAAGAAGAACCCGCAGCCUCACCGCGCGAACUGGUCGGGGCGAGGGGGGGCCGGCAACUACAACUGGGAGCAGGCCGCUGAAGAGGAGAGGCGGCAGCAGGAGGAGGAGAGUAAAGCAGAGCUGGAUAAGAAGAUUAAAGAGGCGGUCGAAGGAGCCUUGAAGAUGCCGGAAAAGGCACAUCAGCAUGUAAGCAAAGAGGAAGAGGAAGAGGAGCAAGGGUGA